AUGCCUCUCGACACCUCAACCACAUACCCCCUCACCAAACUCCGACUAGACGGACGACGAUGGAACGAACUACGCCUGCUCCAAGCGCAAAUAUCAACCAACCCCGCCAGCUCCGGAUCCUCGUACCUAUCCAUGGGCAACACGUCAAUUAUGUGCACCGUCCACGGCCCACACGAGACGGGCGGUGGCGCGGGCAGCAAUGCGAGCGAAGCAGUGGUCGACGUAGACGUGAACAUAGCCGGGUUUGCAGGGAUAGAUCGGAAGCGAAGGGCUGGAGGGAGUGAUCGUCAAUCCUCCCAACUCUCCAACACCCUCAAAUCCGCCUUCCAAUCGCACCUGCACACCUAUCUCUACCCACACAGCACAAUCACAGUGCAAGUCUCCGUCCUCUCGGCCGACGGCUCCCUGCUCGCCGCCGCCAUCAAUGCCUGCACACUAGCUCUCGUGGAUGCCGGUAUACCCAUGCCGGGCCUCUUGUGCGGCUGCACAGCGGGCAUGAGCGGCAGCGCAUCGACGCCCGCGCAAGACGUCAAUAAAGGCACCAGCACAGAUGACUCGCUCGACCCGAUCCUCGAUUUGUCACUGCCUGAAGAACAGGAGUUACCCUUCAUCACUGUCGGGACUACGACUGACCUGCCCAUGGGCACGGGUAUAGGAAAAGGGGUGGGACGAGAACGGCGGCGGAAGAGAGAAGGGAAUAAUGAUAACGAGGGUGUUGGAGAUGACGAUCAUCAAGAGGAGGAAGAGGAAGAGGAAGAGGAUUAUUUACAAAAUGACGACGAUCUUAAAGUGUCGGUCUUGCAUAUGGAGACGAGAGCGCAUUUGUCGUAUCUGGAUACUAUGCUUGCGGUUGGGGUUGAUGGGUGUAAGCAGAUUAGGGAGAUUUUGGAAGGGGUUGUGAAGGGGUCGAGUAUGGGUUUUGUGGCUGCGGUGGAUGGUGGUGGUAUAGAGGAUGAUGAAGAUGAAAAUGAAAAUGAGGACGGUGAUAUUGAAGUUGAUGAGAUUAUGGCAUCUGAUGUAUGA